GCGCCUUAGCGCCCGCCGCGCCGCCCCGCCCCGCCCGAGGGGGCUCCAGCCGGCCCCAUGGACGACGUGAAGCUGGAGUUCCCCUCCCUCCCCCAGUCCAAAGAGGACACCGAGGAUUGGACUUAUCCCAUGAGACGAGAAAUGCAGGAAAUAUUGCCUGGAUUGUUUUUAGGCCCAUAUUCUUCGGCUAUGAAAAGCAAGCUAUCUAUGCUACAGAAAUAUGGAAUAACUCACGUUAUAUGCAUAAGGCAAAAUAUUGAAGCAAACUUUAUUAAACCAAACUUUCAGCAGUUAUUUAGGUAUUUAGUCUUGGAUAUUGCAGAUACUCCUGUUGAAAAUAUAAUACGUUUUUUCCCUAUGACUAAAGAAUUUAUUGAUGGGAGCUUACAAACUGGAGGAAAAGUUCUUGUUCAUGGAAAUGCAGGGAUAUCCAGAAGUGCUGCCUUAGUUAUUGCGUACAUUAUGGAGACAUUUGGAGUGAAGUACAGGGAUGCAUUUACUUAUGUUCAAGAAAGGAGAUUCUGCAUAAAUCCCAAUGCUGGGUUUGUUCAUCAACUUCAGGAAUAUGAAGCCAUUUAUCUAGCAAAGUUAACGAUACAGAUGAUGACACCAUUGCAACUGGAAAGAUCAUUAUCUGUCCAACCUGGUACUACAGGAAGCUUGAAGCGAACGCACGAAGAGGAAGAGGAAUUUGGCAGUAUGCAGGUGGCAGCUGCACAGAAUGGCUAAGAAGAGUCCCUUCCGAGGAGGAAGGGAAUUCCGGUGUGAAGAGGAAGAUUACAUUCACAAUGGGAAACGGAAAUCCUACGAGUGGCUUCUUUUCCAGUCACGUUGCUUCCAGGUGCCACUGCCUCUCUGCCACUGGCUGAGCAACAGACGGAGAAGAUACCAGACUUCUUGAAUAGAUGGCACUGAUUGUUUUACUUUUUUUACACUUUACAGUUUUAUUAUAAACCAAGAUUUUUUGGACUUGCAAAGAGGUAUUAUUGCAAUAAUGCACUUUUCAUACUUGAAAUUUCUUUAUUUGUAUGAUAUAAAGUUAUUACUUUAAACACAAUGCAAAUUAGGGUUAUUUGUUUAUAAAGUUAUUUGUAAUUUAUAACAAGAGAAUUUACUAAAGAAAAGUUUGCUAAAAUUCAUUUUGUGUUCUGUAAAUACUUUUUUUUUUUAAAAAAAAGAUUCGAUUUUUCUUUUCUUUUUUUUUAUGACGGAGCCUCUUGUACCAACACUUCAGUAGAAACCUGAACUCUGUCCCAUUGUGAGUAAACCUCACUUAUCUGGAGCCAGAACAAGCCCUCUGAUUUGGUUCGCCUCCUUACGUUGACCCCGACACUGAUGACUUCUACAGAUCGUUUCUCGUGGUUGGCUAGUACGCCGGAGUAGGAAUUAGUUAAAAAGAAAAAGACUUGAUUUUGCUGACUAGCGGUACGGCUUGCCAACGAGAGCAGUUGGGGUAGGAAUUUCCAAGACAUUUUCCCUCUCUUCCAUUUUUGGGGGAAGAGGACGACCGUUCCAUCUCCUUCAUUCUUGAGAAUGAGUUGCCUGCUCUUUCUUCUGUGCCGAACUGUUGCUGUUACUGAAGGCCAUGUGCAUCUGGGCCCCAUGUUGUCAACUCUUAGUGAAGCCCAAGGAGAAAAGUGCCUUGUCUCAUUGUUAAAGCUGUUAACCUUUUUUUUUAAUAUAUAUAUAUAUAUAUAUAAUUGUGUUCUCCAAAUGGGAGAGCAGCCGGGGACUUACAUUGUCCCACAGGCUACAGUUGGCCCCUGUAAAUACCAUUGGCCAGUUCAGAUUGCUUAAAGGACUUCUGGAAAGUAGAAGCUUGCGAGGCUUUGGCCAAUCGUGUGAAACGGGCAACGUUUUUUGCCCCCUCCACCCGGGGGUCGCAGGUUACACUUCUUAAUCUUUGAAGUGUCAGGUUUGUAGGAAAGCUCUACUGGUAGAAAUGUUUUCAAUUCCCAUUAGCGACAAAAAGAAAACUUCUGAAGUUGCAAGGACCUUGUAGGCUUUGCCCAUAAAGGAACUACAAAACGGGAUCUAGUUUUAUGGGGUGCAUGCCCCUACCUCCCCGUUCUCCUCUUCCCAGGAAAAUCACUGCGGGGAUCUUGGGGUUCCCCCAUGGUUUUGUUUGAGGUUAAUUCACAAGGUCCCUAAAGGGUUGCAGGAGUCUACCUGUUUCCAGGGCUGAGGUAGGGGUGGGAAGAGUCCCUCUUAAGUAACUUUUUACCUUUUUCUAAUUUAGUGAAGACCAGCAUGGACAAAACUCCAGUUUCCUGCUGCUGUUAACUACCUGCUCGGCUGCACGUGAGAGAAAUUGUUUCCCUUAAUGCCUCUUCUAUCCCCCCCAACCCCCUCUCUUUAACCAAAGGGACUGUGCUCAGUAAUUCCAUGCAGCCAUCUUGGUAUUGUACCGUCAUUUCAGUUCUUGCUUUGCUUUUCCCUCACAUUUCAGGUGACUCCUGUCGCUGAGAGAGAACCUAGAGCCCUCCCUUCCUUACGCCUGUCCGUCCUCGAUGUUCUAAAGCGGUUGCAUUUCUACAGCCCCCCGUCCCCGGGAGCUCACCCCUUGUUCCGGUUCAUUUUUUCAUAUGAAUUUGACUUAAGGGGUGAGAAGGAGGAGUCCUAGCUCUCUCAAAGACUUUUUCUUCUCAGCAUCUCUCAUACCCUAUUGAUGUGUUCUUGCCUUGGUUUACCCACCCGAUAGCAUAUACCCUUCAUGAUUUUGCACCUCUCAGUCAGCUAACCUUUAAGUGCAUGCCUAACCCAGUACGCUAGACAGUGUCACACCCCUGAUGAGGGGCACUUAUUUUCUUGGGGCUGUGAUGGAGAUACUUCCAAGGCCGAGACAUUUUCUUCCUCGUUCGUAUCGAGCACCCCACUUGGGCGUAUUUUAUAAUUUUCUUACCUCGGGAUCGUCAGGUCACUUCCAGCACUGAAUUUUUCUCGGUUCCAUCACAACCCCAAGGAUAAGGAUGUUCAGCUGGAUUCCUUUGUAAGCGGUAGUCGGGUCCCAGGUCACCGUCCGAAUUUACUGACCAAAACUCCACCCCUAUACCACUGUGAAGCCCUUUUAAGGCGGGGAGGGAGGAACCCGCCUCCAAGGUCAGCGAUCAUUGCCCUUUUUGAGUUUUAGCCAAGCGGUUAAAGAACUGACCACCUCCUUACCGACCUGAACUUCACUUGGACUCUGCAGAUGUUAACGUGCAAUGUGAUCGAUAAGGCACGACGGAAGUCGGCUUCCGGUGCGUGUUUUCGGAGGAAGCAGGGCUCGGCCGAGCGCUACUUUAAAACUUGCCGACCCGGGCGAGUGUAAAACCUGAAUGUUUUCCAGGCUUCAGGUAGGACAAAGAAAAAAUUACCUUUCCUCUAGGGUGAGGAAGUGUUCUAGAGCAGUGAGGCGAGUGGCAUUUACUGUCACAGCAGCUCUUCGUAACUCCCGCGAGCAAGACACUGGUUAAGGAUGCCUCUUGUGCCUCGUGGUCGUAGUUGAAACUCACCAAGGCGGUAUCAGAGAACAUUAGACCAUGCCGAUGCUGUUUUAAAGUUUCUGAUUUUAUAAACUUUUUCAACAUGGGUAGAAAGCCGAAUGAAGCUUAAGAUUCUUCAAGUCGGAGGGGAGAAAAGGGAUGUAUGUAUAUACCUGAGCGUCAGCAGGGUGGGUGGUAACUGGGCCCUUGGCGCCACAUGGUCUUUUGCUCUAAGAGAGCCAAUUUUGUUCAUCCUGUUUUUAUGCCUAUGUGUAUAUUUGAGUAGGGAAACGGUAGUCUGUGGUGAAAUGUCUAAAGUACUGGGUUUUCAUUUUUAUGGUUGUUUUUUCAAAUGUACCAUUCUUAACUUACCAUUCCUUUAAUGCUGGGGGUUCUUUCUUACUCAUUCAUGGCAGCUAAGAUCACUUAAACAUUCAGGUUUACAUGCUGGCUCCCUGCUCAUGGGAGCGAUCAUACCUCACAAUUCCAGGUGGGUUAAAGAAGUCAGUGACGUACUGACCGGUUGCAAUUUACUAUGCAGCAAAAUCUACUCAAGCGGGAGGGUGGGGGGGGAAACCACAGUGUUUACUUCUUUUGGAAACAUGUUUAAGUUACUCUGCUUCUAACACAGUAAUUGUACAUUGGAUUAAGUGUAAAGGAAUGCCACAGUGCAAGAUGCUGCUAGCCCUGGCACAAAGUAUUACAGACUUAUUUUGUGAGAUGAAUGGUUCUAUUAAAGUGUGUUCAAAAUA